GCGGACCUUGGGGGCAAUGAAAGCCCAGAUUCAAAAGACCUAAAGAAGAUCCUUAGCAGUGUUGCUAUUGAAGCAGAAGAUGUGCGAAUGGAUAAGGUCAUCAAAGAGCUUAAUGGAAAGAAAGUUCAAGAUGUCAUUGAUCAGGACUAUAGCAAGUUGUCCUGUUUGAGUACUGGAGGUGCGACAGCAGUCUCAAGUUCUGCUAGGACAGCAGCAACUGCUUCCAUUGGUGGGGCUACACCACCUGCAGCUGAAGAGAAGAAAGAGGAGAAAAAGGAAGAAUCUGAUGGUGAUAUGGGAUUUGGACUUUUUGACUAG